UAACUCUCUCUCUCUCUCUCUCUCUCAAAAUUAUUCUUCCUGAGAUGUUGGAGAGAAGAACUUUUCUUGAGCUUUUCUCCUGCCUUCAUUCUCUCCAACUAUUUUUCUCUGAUUGAUUAUUUAACUUAUUUCUGCCGCCUUCUGCUAGAGAAAGAAAAGGGGGGAAUUUCCGAAAAUGUUCGAGAAAUUCGAUGGUAGGGAUGAUGAGUUUGCCAAGCUUCUCAGGAGGAUUAAUCCGCCCAGGGUUGUAAUUGACAACGACUCUUGUGAGGACGCAACUGUGAUACAGGUUGACAGUGUCAAUAAGCAUGGAAUUCUCCUUCAAGUGGUCCAAGUUCUGACGGACCUGAACCUUGUAAUUAAGAAAGCUUACAUUUCGUCUGAUGGUGGAUGGUUCAUGGAUGUGUUCAAUGUUAUUGACCGGGAUGGAGAAAAAGUUAGAGAUCAAGAGCUCAUCAACUAUAUUGAAAAGAGACUUGAAAGUGAUGAAGAUUUGGAAUUGGUACCUCCUUUAAAUGGAAUGGUUGGAUUAAUGCCUUCUGAGGAGCAUACCUGUAUUGAACUGACGGGAACAGACAGGCCCGGUUUAUUAUCUGAGGUGUGUGCAGUCCUUGCAGAUCUCCACUGUAAUGUGGUAAAUGCUGAGAUAUGGACCCAUAACACAAGGGCUGCUGCCGUUGUUUACGUGACCGAUGAUAAAAUGGGUUGUGCAAUUGAGGACCCGAAACGGCUUGCCACUAUAAAGAAGCUUCUUAGAAAUGUCCUCAAAGGAAACAACGAUCUGAAUACGGCCAAAAUGACGCUUUCACCUCCUGGGGUCACACACAGGGAAAGAAGGUUGCACCAGAUAAUGUUUGCCGAUAGGGACUAUGAAAAGAUGGCUGGGUCAGAGGUAGGUGAAGUUUGUGCCAAGAGUUCAAGACCUCAUGUGAUUGUGGCAGAUUGUGUGGAAAAAGAUUAUACAGUUAUAACGUUGAGAUCGAAAGAUCGGCCCAAAUUGUUAUUUGAUACGGUCUGCACUCUGACUGACAUGCAAUAUGUUGUGUAUCAUGGGGUGGUCCACACUGGGAGGACAGAAGCUUAUCAGGAAUACUAUAUCCGCCAUAUGGAUGGGGUUCCUAUCAGCUCGGAAGCUGAACGAGAACGUGUGAUGCAGUGUCUUGAAGCAGCCAUAGAAAGACGAGCCUCCGAGGGUCUGGAAUUGGAGCUAUGUGCAGAGGACAGGGUGGGACUAUUGUCGGACAUCACUAGGAUAUUUAGGGAAAACAGCUUGUGCAUCAAAAGAGCCGAAAUCUCGACAGAGGGCGGGCAAGCAAGGGAUACUUUUCAUGUGACGGAUGUAACUGGCAGCCCAGUUGACCCCAAGACAGUUGACUCGAUUUGCAGACAGAUUGGACAUGGUGCUUUGCAAGUUAAGUGGAACUCAACAAAUUCUCCCUCCAAACCCCAGCAGGACAAAACGAUUAGCUUCCUUUUUGGAAGCUUAUUUAAGACUAGAGCUUUUUCGUAUUUCUAGACUUGAUAGAUUUGAAAUUGUCCUGCCAGAAAAGAGAUGAGAAUGUGUGGAUAGGAUUAAAUUUAAGACCGAUGUAAAUAGACUUUGUUUUCUUUCCGUUACGUCUCUCCCAUUAGUAGCAGAAACCACCCCAUUCUGUAAAUGCGUUGCAACGGUUUAGCUCGUGUACAGCAAUAUGAUUUGUAAAGAGAGUAGAAAACUGCGUACUUGUAGAUUUUGUAAAUACUGAAGCGUAAGGUGUGUAUAGAAUCAUAGAUAAGUGGUUUCAUAUGCCAUGUGUUAAUAUGAAAUACUGCACAGUUUAAUAUUAUCAUAUCCAUG